AUCCUUUUUAGAUUUCACACAAUGAUCAGUUUCACUCAGCUAGAACAUUCUAAAUGGGGUUGAAAGCAGGGAAGAGAACAAAAGCCAAUGUUAACUGAAAGACAAGGAAGAACAUUUAACAUUUGCACAGUUUAAUUGUGCUUGACUGUAAAAGAGCAGAAAUGUCUGAUGGAAUUCAUAACCAUGUGUUCAGGACUGAGGAAAUAAACCAAGACAGAGUGGAGAAGACAGUGGAUAUCUAUGAGAGUGCAGAUUGUGUGAGAGAUCAUGACCUCAGGCCGGAGACAAAUACACUUCAACCACCUCAGCAAACAGGAAAUUAUUGUGUGAAGAUCAGAAGCUCCAGAGCAGCUGUAGUGUGUUUGGUGCUGCUGUGUGUUCUUCUGCUGACUGCAGUCAUAGUGCUGUGUGUCCACAUCCAUACAAACAACACAAACUACACACAAGAGACACACCAGCUACUAACCAAGAUCACCAACCUCACAAAGAAGGGAGAAGAGCUACUAACAAAGAACAUAAACUUGACAGAUGAAAGGGACGGAUUAUUAACCAAAAAUGACAACCUGACUAAACAAAGAGAGCAGUUUAUUCAGAAAAGAAAUGAGCUGGUGAAGAGUCUUCAUGAAACAGAUGGAUGGUACUACUAUAAAUUUAGUUUUUACUUCAUUUCCUAUGAGUGGAAGAGCUGGACUGAGAGCAGAGCAUAUUGUACAAAAAGAGGAGCAGAUCUGAUCAUCAUAAACAACAAAGAAGAACAAGAUUUUGUCAAUAGUAUUGCUGAUGGUAUUUAUGUCUGGAUUGGUCUGACAGACAUUGAUGUUAAAGGCAGAUGGAAAUGGGUUAAUGGCAGCACACUGACCUCAGGUUUCAGGCUCUGGGCAUCUGGACAGCCAAAUGGAGGAAAAGUAGAGAAUUGUGCUUUGUCUUAUUCAUUAAAGUGGUAUGAUUAUCAGUGUAAUAGUGCCUACAAAUGGAUCUGUGAGAAGAGCUUUGAAAAGUUUUUGAUACUAUGAAACACGUUUAUUCACAUUAUUUAAAAAUAAGGUUUACUUUUUCUUUUACAUUUAAUAAUUUGUUUUACAAGUAACUAAUGUUAUGUCAUUAAAGUCUUGAUGUGUUUAACUUAGAGGUGUAUUCAUGUGCCAACAUUGGUCAGUGUUCCAUAUAAAUAAUAUCACACUUGCAGAGCAAAACUGAGUACCAGAAGGUAAAACACACUGUGACCUGCUUUAGAGAGGCUUGACAUGAUUAAAAACACAGAAGAAAAACUUUAUAGCAAUUACCAAUAUUUGACAAUAUUUGUCUUGUCAUAAAAUGCAUGUCUCAUAUGAGAAAGUGGCUCUGGGGGACUGAGAAAAAAAAACAAACCACAGUCUUAGAGGGAAAAAGUAGUAUAAUGGCUGUCAGUGGGGCGGUAGCCUUUCAACAGGUACUAAUUUAGGUAGUAAUAUGUACCCUUUAGGGCACGUUCCUGGAGGCCCACCCAACACUGCACAUUUUGCAUCUCUCCUUUGUCUGACACACCCAUUUCAGGUCUUGGAGUAUCUACUAAUGAGCUGAUGAUCUAAAUCAGGUGUGUUUGAUUAAGGAGAAGUGUUGGUGGGCCUCCAGGAACGUGGUUGGAAACCACUGCUUUAGGGGAUUCUGAACUUUUGAACUACACAGUGACAUCAGAUCAGUUCCAUCCACUUUUUUGAAUAACUAGCACUAAAAUAGAAUGAAGAAGGAAGAGCUGAACAUAGCAGCCAAUUUAAAUAGACAGCAGAAGAACUGAGACUUUGACCAGAAUUAAUUCAUUUUAUUUUCCAAUUUCCACUGACAACAAUUACCUAACAGGUGUGACUCUGGAUUGUGCUGAGUAAACAACAAUGUAAAGAAGCCCAACAAAUAUUGUCUACAGGUCUACACUGAUGUCUGUGUAUCACAUCAUAAUUUGGCAUUAUUAUCGCUGAAUCUCUGUGUUUUAAACUACUUUGGCCUCACCAGGCUGAAACUGACUCAACAUUGAAACUGACCUCAGAUCAGUUUUAUAAUUUUAUUUUAACUGGGAUUACAAGCAAUAAAGAAAAAAGCUGUCCAUUAAGAACGACACAGAAAAAAUGUGCCACAUUAUUUGUGCUAUUAAAUAAAUAGGUGAGAAGAGCUUUGUGACGUAUUACUGCAUACCAUGAAGUACAUGUUUUUUCAGAAUAAUGUUAUGAUUAAUUCUGCAGCCUCACAUUAUAGGAAGAAUGUGCUGAUGUCAGUGCUAAGCUAAUGGCUAAAUCUGGAUAAUAUUAUUUAGAAAGUUUGACACGAUUGAUAAUUAAGGAAUUUCCAAUGAGACGUGACCUGUUAAUAUUGCACUUAAUGCAUCAGUCAGCUAAAAAUCCAGCUGAUGUACAUGCAAAUAUGCUGUGCUAUAAUAAAUAUGUUUGGACCAAGGGAAUGUACUAGUUUCAUUUCCUCUAAAGUACUGUAAUCACAGCAGGCCAAACGUUUGCCUCAAUCUAUCUACUAUCUAUCUAUCAAUCUAUUUCUCUCUAGAAAUCAGUGCCUGCUUAUGUCACAUGACCACAGUGGUGCAUUAUAAAAGUUAAGCCCAAAAAGCAGAAGUUUAGAGUGGUUCAGUUCACCUAAAAACAACAACUUUCAAUAAUCUCACACUCAACUCAAGCAGACCGAAUAUGUCUUACAGCAAUAUGAACAUUUCUGGGAAACAUGGGAUGGAAAGAGAAUAUGAAAAGAUGGAUUUUAACAGUAGCGAUGUCCAGACGGUUUGCAUGGCACACAAAAAUGAUAACAUGAAAUCUGUCAUGUGACCCGGGAGCGUACAAAGCUGAAGCCAAGACUUCCUAUAUAUAUAUACAUCCUACUGAGGUCGCUUGAUUUCAAUUGGUCAUUUAUCUUCAAAUCUGUCACCUUCAUUUCAAUGAGGAUCAGAAGCUCCAGAUCAGCUGUAGUGUGUUUGGUGCUGCUGUGUGUUCUUCUGCUGACUGCAGUCAUAGUGUUGUUA